UAGGUAGCUGGGCUGCCACCAUUACACCUCUGAGUCCACUCGACUCCACAGUCUACGCGCGCAUCAGUCCGUCGCCAGACACGGUGCAGGGAAGACACGUUUCCAUUUGCUAUUCAGUGACUUAAGCAUCAUGGACGACGAGAAGAAAUGCAGAGAGGAUGACAGAAAAUUGGAGAUUGCUGAAGGCAACAAGAGCAUCUCUGACGCAAAACAGGAUGCGAACUCUGCUGUUAAUCAACCAGACAAACCAAGUAACGCAGGGACUAGUGGUGCAUUAGCAGACAUGACUGACAACCUGACAGACAAGAAAGAUAAAGGGGGUAUUGUUAACUUAAAUGAUCCUACAGGAAAAGAGGCUGUUGGGUUACCUGACCAGAAGGGUAUAGACCAGAGAGGUAACAAAUUAAGUGUUACUCCUCAGAAAACAGAAGCUGGAAUAACUGAUAAAAGAGGCGAUGGCACUGGCAGCAAGUCAAAAGACGACACUGUUAGUAAUGCUAAGUUACCAGUCAAAACAGAGGACAAAACUAAGUUACCAGACAAAACAGAGGACAAAACUAAGUUACCAGACAAAACAGAGGACAAAACUAAGUUACCAGACAAAACAGAGGACAAAACUAAGUUACCAGACAAAACAGAGGACAAAACUAAGUUACCAGACAAAACAGAGGACAAAACUAAGUUACCAGACAAAACAGAGGACAAAACUAAGUUACCAGACAAAACAGAGGACAAAACUAAGUUACCAGACAAAACAGAGGACAAAACUAAGUUACCAGACAAAACAGAGGACAAACCUAAGUUACCAGACAAAACUAAGUUACCAGACGAAACAGAGGACAGACCUAAGUUACCCGACAAAGCAGAGGACAAAGUUAAAUUAUCAGGUAAAGUAGAUACAAAGAAGCCAGUAGAUAAAGAAGACGAGGCAGAUAGCGAUGUCAAGAAAACAAACAAAACUGACAAAAUAAAUGAUGUUAAAUCGUCAGCUAAGACAGACAAAACAGUAAAUACAACUGACAAAAAUAGUACUAUUAUAAGUGACAGCAAAAUUAUGCAAGACACUCACAUGGAGCAGUCAGGGGAGGAAGAAACUACAGAAGAUGUGAAACAAAGACUGAUAAACAAGAAGGCGGUGGAUGAAGAACAGCCCAACAUGGGUGACGCGGGAGAGGAAACCAUUCCCCUCAAGACCAAGGAAGCUGAGGACUGUCACCAGGAGGAGAAAAAAGAUGUGAUCCCGUCUCGGUGGGUGAUGGCGGUGAUGGGGUGUAUCGGGUUCAUGAUCGUCUACGGCCUCAAGGUGAACCUGAGUGUGGCCAUCAUUGCAAUGGUGAACCAUACAGCGGUAGCGAAUAUGGGGGAGCACCAUGACGACGGCCACGGGGAGGACGACCACCACGACCUGACCUUACUCACCAACUCCUCCGGUGACAGUCCCAACAACACCCUCAACGCCUGCGGUGUGGAGGAGAAGAAAGAAAACCUCAAUGACGGACCCUUCGCUUGGGAUGAGAAUGUUCAAGGACUUAUCCUGGCUUCUUACUUCUACGGCUACAUCAUCACUCAGGUGCCUGGAGGUUGGGUGGCAGAGAAAUUCAGCGCCAAGCAUGUGUUUGGCAUAGGAGCACUGGUUAAUGCCAUAUGUGCCCUCCUGUCACCCGUUGCUGCCAACACUUCUUAUGCCGCGCUUAUUGUCAUAAGGAUCAUCAUGGGCAUUGCUGGAGGUGUGACACUGCCAGGUAUGCAUGUACUGGUUGCUGCCUGGGCCCCACCUCAAGAAAGGAGUAAGAUUGCUGCUACAGUAUAUGCUGGCAUGACCCUGGGAACAUUAGUAUGUAUGCCCUUCUCAGGACUUCUCGCAUCUAAAGUGGGGUGGAGUUCUAUAUUCUAUGUGCAGGGAGGACUUUCUCUCCUCUGGUAUAUUCUCUGGUUGUUUUUGGUGUACGACUCUCCAGCUCAACACCCAAGAAUCACCAAAUCAGAGCGCAAGUUUAUCGAGGAAUCCCUUGGCACUGUCGUAAAAUCAGAGAAACCAUCAGUACCAUGGAAGAGUGUGUGGACAUCAAUGCCGGUGUGGGCCAUCAUCGUUGCUCACACCUGCAAUAACUGGGGCUGGUACAUGUUACUUGUCAAGCUCCCGACCUACAUGCGCUACAUCCUUAAAUUUGACAUUGAGGCUAAUGCUGGACUAUCUGCAGUUCCCUUCCUGUGCAUGUGGAUCUUCACCAUGAUCUUAGCCAACGUUCUUGAUGCCUUACGACUUCGCAAUAUGAUUACUACUACAUUUGCCAGGAAGCUGUCCACUUUCAUUGCCUCAAUCCCACCUGCAAUUUGCCUGAUUUGUGUGACGUUCGUGGGAUGUAACACAGACCUGGCAGUGGCACUACUCACCUUGGGAACCAUGUUUGUUGGAGGGAUGUACUCAGGUUUCCUUUCCAACCACAUUGACAUUGCUCCACCUUUUGCUGGAACACUCAUGGGGAUAAGCAACACAUUUGCUACUUUGCCUGGCAUCAUUGUCCCAUCCUUUGUUGGCUACAUGACUCAUGGCAAUCAAACUGUUGAAGCUUGGCGCACCAUCUUCUACAUCACUCUGGGCAUCUUCCUUUUUGAAGCUAUAUUCUACUGCAUCUUUGGAUCAGGUGAGCAGCAAGAAUGGGCAAAGAAGAAGCCCAGUGCUCAAGAUGGGGAGCAGCAGAAACUGAAUGAUGUUGCCUAAAUUGUGAAAGUACAGUACUGUGACAAGUAUAAAUGACUGCAAUGAAUAAGAACUCCUGAUUUCAUCCAAACAUACUAAGAAGUCUCCUUCAAGAUUUCCCUUAAGAGUGCUGAAAGUCUAAUGAACUAAAUGAAACAAUGUAAUUUUUUAUUAACUGGAUUGUUAAUUCUGAUGCAUCAUAAAGAUAUGAAUAUUUAUCAAUGUUAUAGUCAGUUACAGUAAAUAUGGAAAUGUGAAAUACUGUAGAAUGAUUUGUAAACUGAUCAGGUUGACAAAACUGUUGUCAUUGUUAAAAAAAUAUAAACUAUGGAGCAAUACAAUGCAUUGGGCAUAAUAAUAAGAAUGUUUUGAAAUUCUUGUAUUUUUACAACUCUUGAAAUAAGCCAAGAAUAAAAGCACUAGGUAUUUUAUAAUAUAUGUACAGUACAGUAUUUUGCUUGGAUGAAAAUAAUUCUUCUGUGUACAAAGAAUUUUGUUUUCUGCCAACAAAUAAACUAUAAGCAGGAAUACUGUACAUACUGCUGCUGGGUACACCUUGCCUGUUGUGCUACUUAAACUGAUUAUGUAAAGAUUGAAAUUAAAUUUAAUCAUUGUACAGUACUUCAAAAAGAUGCAAGAGGAAGGGACAUAUAAGAAACACUGAAAAAGGUCUGUGUAGGUGGUAUAGUUGAGAGGAUGGAAAGUAAAUUAAUAUAAAGAAUAUAUAAUUCAGAGGUGGAUGGUAAGAUGGAGAGGGGUUGGGUCAAGGAGUUGGAAAACUUGAUGUGAAUGAAGCAUUACAAGUGAUGAAGAAACAACAGUGUACAUGAAUUAGUGGAAAGCAUAGCAUCAGGGGUUUAAAGAUGGACAUUCUGUUGAUGGAUGAUGCUGACUUUGUGUGAAGUGAAGUAACAGACAUACAGUACAUCAGAGGCCUUGUUGUGUAAAUGAAAUUCCAUAGCAAAACACGUCCUCUACAACCGUAAAAACUUAGUAAACAAGUUUGAUGCCUAAGGCCUUAAAGUAAACACCAUUAUACAUAGUUAGAUGCUAAGGGCCUUUAUAAAAAGAAAACGUAUCUGUUUGCGAUGAUUUAAGCUUUUAACCUUUUCACGAAAAAAAUUUAAAUCUUAUUCUAAACCUUAAUUCAUAAGUUGAAUUAAAUGUUUUGUUUGAUAUACUGUACUAUAGAUGUAUUAGGUCUUCGGAAACAAUUAUAUCCCAGCAAAAAUUAGUCCAUCACUCAUAGCUGAGAACCAUUCACGUCAUCAAGGCUCCCAGGGUCACUUGUUGGCUCACUGGUAGUUAUUGGCCAAGAAUAAAUCAGCAGAUGAUAUCAAUUAUUUAGAUGAUAACGCCUAGAGUGAUGAACAUUAGAAAAUAGGGAACACUCGCUGUGUUAACCAGCGUUUGCCUGGUGUCAUGACACCCCAGGGACUUAUUCCCACUCCACAAACUUUGUAGUGCUUUGUUUGUUCUAUAGUUUUUCUCAUACUGUAAAGGUAUUUUACAAUUUUAUACAGGUAUACUUUUCUGUAAUUUUCUAAAAAUUGCAAGUUUGGCCAUCAUGAAGUACAGUAUAGCACAGACUCGUGAAAGGGUUAGAUAAAGCUAGAUACAGUACAUUGUUUUGUUUAAUUUAAUAUUUAUCUUCAAGGCAUCAAUAAUUAAAAAAUAAUACGUACUGUAAAAGGCAUCUACUGUAUAAGUGAGUGGCUGUAGGGAAUAGGUUAGGUGAGAUCAUCUUGUUGACUGCUGUUGUAAAAAUCCUUCAAAUUAUUUUACUGGAACAACAUUAACUUAACUUCCUAAUUAAGUGUUCUAUGUGACUUAUUUUUGAAAAUUUUACUGAAUGAAAUUAUAGGAUAAAUAAAAUGUUUAGCAACAGUGUUUAGAUAAUACUUAGCAUGAUGAAUGGUUGUCUUGAAGUAUUAUACUUUAAGUUAAGUUUUGUUCAGAAUAUUUGAUACUGGGAUAUACUGUACUGUACUGUACUGUAUGGUGGUGAUCUAAGCAGCGGGUUCACUUGUUGAGUAAAUGCUUAUUACAGAACUGUACAGUAUAAGCACUGGUUAUGAUGGACAAAUAUCUAAUCUCAUAGAAUUUCUUUUCAAAAAGUUAUACUGUACUGUACAGUAUUACUUACCUCUAUUUCUUUCACAUUAUUGGUGCUGCCUACUUUCAUAUUUUUAAUACUCACUUUGUUAUUGUUUUUAUUAGUUCCUUAAUUAAUGUCCAUAUAUGGUACAGUACCAUACUUUGGUAAAACUCUAUAUGUAUACUGUACAGGAUUUGUUUGUAUAAACAUUUUCCUGUUGUGUUAAGAUAAUAUAAUAAUACCUGCUACCGUAAGUGUGAUGGCUAAUAUACUGUACUGUACUGUAGUAUGGUUUAUUUCAUUAUUUAGCUGAGUGUCAGCAUGGAGAUGAAAUUACUGUUCUUCUCUUAUUAUGAAUAAUUAGCCAACUGUUUGUUCUUUUCUUGUCAAAACUUUGGUACAGUACUUCCAUUUGUAAUAUUAAGCAAACUUGAUGUUUUCUGUCUCUAAAUGUUGCUUUAAAUCACUCAAAAUAUGAAGAAGAUGGAAUUGUAGGUAUAAAUGACACUACCGUAUGUACAGUACUGUAUAUGAUACAGAACUGUUUUGUACAGUGGCUGCCUAAUGAUCAAAUUUUCUCCAUGUUAAAUAUUUUAUUUAGUAAAUUGUGAAAUAUUGUACUGUACUAGAAGGACCAGAUUAUGCACACACACACACACACACACACACACACACACACACACACAGUCACAAAUAAUAAACAUACGGUAUUUACACAAUAGAUAUGAAGAAAUAAGAUGUAAGAUUCAUAUAUAUUAUAUAUUAUAUAUUUUUUUAUAAUAGUAAUGAUGAUUUAACUUAGUAUAAAGAAAUUAUUCAAAUAUUCAUAGCAUUCAUUAAAAUUUCUAAGUGCUUAUGUUAUGGCUACACAUGCCUAUGCUGUGUAUUGUAUGUGUAUGAUGAUUGCUUCUUAGAAAGUAUGUCAUUGUAGUAGUGUAUGUAUGCCUUAUAUAUUCUGACAACAUAUACUGUAUACACUUGAUUGGUAUGUGACAUUUACAAGAAUACCGUGUAAGGCAUUUUGUAUAUUCAUACAUUGGUUUUCAUAAAAAAGUCAUGUAAAUUUAUAUUUUAUGAGUUUACAUUGAUUUAUUUUCAUAUUUGUAUAAAUUAUAUAGAGUAUGUACCAGACAUAUAGAAUUAAUAUUAGGAACAUUUUGUAUGGAUAAUACUGUACUGUAUCUGUAUUAGAUUGUUUGGAUACAGUAGAUGAAACAGACACUACUGUAAUCUAUGUUCACUGUUCUUUUUUCAAAGUGAAUCUCGGUUAAGACAAUAUAUUCUAUAAAGUAUUUUCAAUAGUGUGUAUCGAUUGUAUCUCAUUAAAUCUGUAAAUGUA